AUGCCGUGGCAGCGUAAAAAAAGCGCUCAAUGGCCUUUUGUCCUCAACAAGUUACGAUUUUAUUCCCAAUCCUCUCAUUCUUCGGUGUCUAUACCCAUCUCAGUCGCAUCCGAACAAGUCGAACCCGGAGCCGAAGCACCAUCAGAACAACCAAAAGACGAUAACAUAGAUCUCGAACCACCACACUACGAUGAUCCUAUUCACCCCUGGACAUCAAUUUUCCCAGCUUACCUCUCACAGCGAACAGUAGAGCCAAGAGAGGAAGAGGGUAGAGAAGUCCUACCGGAAUACGAAUGCACUAUCUUCAAGAUGGGGUUUGUACGAGUGAAACGCGAAAUGGAACGGCCCAAGGUUGAAUCAAAAGACCGAGCAUGGAAGAAGCUUUAUCUAGUCUUAUGGGGAACCACAAUUCAUGCCUACAAGAUCGAGCCAUACGAGGGAAUGAAGCCAGUAUGGUCUUAUUCAAUGCAAUUGGCUGAGGCAGGCUCAGCGCCAGAUUAUCUCAAAUACAGAAAUGUGUUCCGACUACGAGUGAGCAAUGGACCGCAAAUGCUUAUCAGAUCAUCAUUGGAGGAAGAACAAGUGUUGUGGAUCGAGCACCUUCAAGCGUCUGCAAAUGUAAGCCCAGACCUUGACGUGCGUCCAAUGCCACGGUUUAUUACACUUACUACCCGCCGACGGAGAGGACGGGCGGCGCGCACUGCUGGACAGAGCGAACCUGUCGAGGCGUCAUUGAUAUGA